AUACUAAUAGCACGAUAGUGGGGACUCUUGCUCACAACAAGAACACAAAACGAGAACCCAGCGUUUCAUUUUACCAGUACAAUGUCGAUUAUCCGUAGCGUGCUACGUACUACUCUUAGUAAAAAUGCUAAGUCACUUGGUAUUCCAAGAUUACUCAAGAAACUAUCAACCCUUCAACCUAACAUCUUAGACUCAGGCCUCCCCGACGUACCCAUCUCAGAACUAUCAGUACCAGAAUUUGUUUUCGAAAAGUGUGCCAAAUAUGAACAUUUAACCGCUAUCGAGUGCGGAUUAACGGGACGAAAAUACACAUACGGGGAUUUGCUUAAAAAAUCGAGGAAUUUGAGCAGACAUUUGCGAAAGAAUCUGGGUUUUAGAGAAGGCGAUGUGGUUGCAAUUUUGCUACCAAAUAUCCCUGAGUACCCCUUGGUGGUACUGGGGGCUCAACACGCCGGACUCGUGGUAACAACGCUCAAUCCUGUCUACACCCCAGACGAAAUCCACAGACAGUUAAAAGAUUCUUCGGCGAAGGCCAUAAUUACACUCGCGUCGUCCUGGGAAACGGCUGCGGAGUCACGUCGACUACUAAAUAAAGAUCUACCAAUCCUUGUGAUACGAACGGAGCAAACAGAGUCUAUUCCCAGAGGUACUAUCGACCUCCAUGGUUUCCUCAAUACCGACGUCGACUAUCCCGACCCUCAGCCGCGCCGCCCUCACGACCUAGCGAUUCUACCCUACUCCAGUGGUACCACCGGUUUACCCAAAGGCGUGCAACUCACCCAUCGCAACUUAGUGGCAAACCAAUGCCAAAAUGACACCUUGAAUUUCAUCGAGGAUGCCACAACUGGCCACCAAGACAUAGUACCCGCUGUCCUCCCCAUGUUCCACAUUUACGGAUACAGCGUCAAUAGUCUUUUCGUGCUCAUGAAGGGUGCCAAAAUCGUAACUUUACCGAAGUUCACACCAGAGGACUACGUUUCGGUACUACGAACCCAGAAACCGCACGUUCUCUUCCUGGUACCACCUCUAGUUUUGUUCUUGUCGGGACACUCGAUGGUGAAGCAAGAGGAUCUUGACUCGGUGAGGAUGGUCCUCAGUGGAGCGGCGCCUCUGGGUGCUUUAGAUGAACAAAGGUUUAUCGACAAAGUAGGGAGGAGUGUGCACAUGAUACAAGGGUACGGGUUGACGGAAACGUCACCAGGGGUUGCCACCAUCACGCUACAACUUAAAGAGGAGGUGGAUGUGCGUGGGUCAAUUGGACGACCGCUCCCUAACACUUUAGUCAAAGUGGUAGCGAUUGAUGACCCUUCGGGUACUCCUUUGGGGGUUAACACCACUGGGGAGUUGUUGGUUAAAGGGCCACAAGUGAUGAAAGAGUACCACAACAAACCCGAAGAAACGGAAAGUGCGUUUCUGGAUGGGUGGUUCCGCACUGGAGAUAUAGCGUACUACAACGAAGACAGGGUGUUGUUCAUUACCGACCGGUUGAAGGAAUUGAUUAAAGUGAAAGGGUUCCAAGUACCACCUGCCGAGCUUGAAGAGAUUAUUAGAGACUUCCCUAAUGUGGAAGACGCGGCUGUGAUUGGUGUUCCACAUCCUAGUCAAGGGGAGGCUCCAAGGGCUUAUAUUGUUGUAAAAAAAGGGACUAAAGUGAAUCGGGAGGAGUUGCAGGAGUACGUGAAGACGAAAGCUGCACACUAUAAACAGUUGAAAGGGGGAGUGGCUAUUGUAGAUUCGAUACCAAAGAACGCAUCCGGGAAGAUUAUGAGGAGGAGUUUGAAACUGGAGUAUGAAAGGACAAACAAGUGAUGUUAGAAGCAAUUUAGGUUCAAAUAAAGUUAUAUCAAAGAUA